GCUUCAAAGUGUCCCGGAACCAUCAUACUCUAUACUACUGACAGUUAUACAACGUCGACUGGAUGGGUCAGAAAACUUCUACAGAACAUGGACGGAUUAUGUUUGUGGAUUCGGUAACAGAUCAGGAGAGUACUGGCUUAGCCUUGAGAAUAUAUAUCGGCUUACUACUAUAGACAGUUCUUUGAGAAUUGAAAUGGAAGCAUUUGAAGAUAUAUCACCUACAAGUGCUAUUGCCCACUAUUCCAUGUUUAAGGUUGACGAUGAGGCUUCAAAUUUUAGAUUGCAUGUUAGUGGUUUCUCCGGAAAUUGUGGUGAUAGUCUAAGUUUACACGAUGGAAAUAUGUUCUCGACUAAAGAUAGGGAUAACGACGAAUCAGAAGACAACUGCGCUCAAAUGUUCAAAGGAGCAUGGUGGUACGAAAAGUGUCAUCAUAGCAAUUUGAAUGGAAUGUACUUAUCAGGGAGUCACUCUUCGUAUGCCAAUGGGAUUGGAUUAGGUGAAGAAUGGACAAAUUCCAGCGAAACAGUGAUGUUAAAGUUGUCAUAUAUAAAUGAGAUACAAAAAAGGAAUAACCUUGUUAGUAUGUCACAAGGUAUAUUCUUUCCAGCGUGUAAAUUCCAUUGUAUGGAAUGGCAAUACGCUGCAUUUAUCUACAUCGAGAGCAAUAAAACAUGUCUUUGUGGCUCUGAAGAAUAUGCAAAUAAUGUAGAAUAUGCAAGUUCUGAUGAAAACACAGGUAUAGUUUAUACAUCCGAAAAGUUAAACAAGAAAAUACAUCGUCUACCAGGCGUUUUUGACUGUUUAUCCCUAUAUGAGCUUGGCUAUGCUGAAGACGGUAUGUAUGUUAUUCAACCGAAGGAAGGUGUUGAUAUUGGGGUGUGGUGUGACAUGUCAAAUGGUGGAUGGACAGUAAUUCAACGCCCUCAGGAUGGAUCUGAAAACUUUUAUAGAAAUUGGAAUGAAUAUGUAAAUGGCUUCGGGAACACAACCGGCGAGUACUGGCUUGGUCUUAAGUACAUAAACAUAUUAACUACAAUUGGGAGUGCACUUUAUAUAGACAUGGAAACGUUUGAACAUGAUAAUGUAUCACCCGCAUCAGCUUUUGCCGAAUAUUCCACAUUUAAGGUUAAUGACGAAACUGAUAAAUAUAGGUUGACAGUUUGCAGGAUUUUACGGAAACUGUUUUGA